CACGCGAACGCAAGACGAAACUAUGUCGGAGUUUUGCUACUAUCCUUCACCACCAUACAGUGACGACGUCCGCUCGCCAAGUCCACUCCGUUUGGAACCCCAGCAGUACAUUCCGCUGACUUCGUUGGAGUACUAUUCGGCGGGUGUGAACAUCAGAGUGGAAACUUGCGAACGGAUUAUCACUCCUGCCUGGAUUCAACCCAGCCCAGUUACGGAGGUGACCGAAAACCCAAGGAACGCCGCCACCAAGAGGAAAGUAACUCCACCAGUUGUCAAGAUAAAGCGACGUAUUGCGGCGAACUUCCGGGAACGGAAACGGAUGCUUGCGUUGAAUGAAGCGUUCGAUCGACUGAGACAAUAUCUACCCACCAUUGGAAAUGAUCGACAGCUCUCGAAGCACGAGACACUUCAAAUGGCCCAGAGUUACAUUACGGCGCUCACUGAGCUCCUCAAGUAAGGCUAUUUUUUUAUGUGAAUAAUCUAGAUAAGUUCAGUUAUGUUAGCGAAAAAG